AUGUCAAAAGACGAGACUCUAUUCGGGUAUCCGGUAUAUCCGAAAUUCAAACUUGGAGAACCUAGAUUCCCACAAGACACAUUCCUUGGAAGAUAUCUUCAUUGCCUUGAUGUCAUUGAUCCGAGAACUCUUUUUGCUUCAAAUAGAAAACUAGAAGAAUCUCUGCAACUUCUCGAUUCCUACAAAUCCGGAACCGCUCAAAAUGUACCCGAUAAAGCUUUGUGGGAGGCACAAAAACUGAAAUCAGCCGUCCUGCAUCCAGAUACCGGAGAGAAAGUGCUUCCACCAUUCCGAAUGAGUGGAUUCGUACCGUUUGGAUGGAUUACUGUAACUGGAAUGUUGCUUCCGAACCCUUCAUGGCCAACUCUUUUAUUCUGGCAAUGGAUGAAUCAGUCACAUAAUGCAUGUGUUAAUUACGCGAAUAGAAAUGCAACUCAGCCACAGCCACUCUCUAAAUAUAUUGGAGCAUACGGAGCAGCGGUGACAGCGGCUUGCUCCAUUUCUGGAGGAUUGACCUACUUCAUCAAGAAGGCUUCUUCACUGCCACCAACUACUAGACUCAUUAUUCAGAGAUUCGUUCCCCUUCCAGCCACCUCCCUCGCUUCAUCUCUCAAUGUCAUCUGCAUGCGAUGGAAUGAAAUGGAGACUGGAAUUGAAGUAUACGAAAAAGAGACAGGAAAAGUGAUUGGAGUAUCGAAGAUAGCCGCGAAACAAGCCGUCACUGAUACAACUCUCGUCCGAGCAUUCCUUCCAGUCCCACUUCUUUUGAUGCCUCCAUGUAUUAUGCCGUUUUUGGAAAAAUUCAAAUGGGUAACCAAGACUCAAGUCCGUCAUAUCUUCGUAAAUGCCAUCGUCUGUACUCUAUCGUUCGCCGUCAGUUUGCCAGUUGCAUUGGCUCUUUUCCCGCAGGAAAGCGCUAUCUCCCGAGAACUUCUGGAGCCGGAACUUCAACAGAAGACAUCUCAAACUCACCUCUAUUACAACAAGGGCCUCUAA